AUGUUUAAUGAAAAGGAUGCUAACUUGAUUCUUAGUAUUUUCUUGUCUUCAAGUCGUUUAUGUGAUGUUUGGUAUUGGAGUUGGGAGAGCUCAGGUCAUUUCUCAGUAAAAUCAGUUUAUAAGUUCUUACAAUUGAGCAAAGAGUUGGGUGCACAGGAUGAUAAUUCUGUCUUUUGGAAUACUCUUUGGAAGCUAAGUGUUCCUCCGAAAGUGAAAGACUUGUUAUGGCGUGCUGUCACUAACUGUCUGCCUACGAAAUCCACACUUUGUUCUAUACAUGUGCAUGUUGAUACCAUCUGCCCUGUGUGCAAUGUAACUGAUGAAACCAUCUACCAUUGCUUGGUGGAUUGCUCUUCUGUCAAAGCGUGUUGGCAACAGUUGGCUGCUGGUGUUAAUUUGACGGCAGUUGGUUCUUUUGCCAACUGGUUUGCUACGGUUCUACAGCAGGCGGAUGGGGAGAAAAGGAGUUUGAUCGCAAUGACAUGUUGGGCAAUUUGGAAACAUCGAAAUGAGCUAGUAUGGUCUGAUAAGUCCCCUACUGUUGUGAGUGUUGCUCACUUAGCUCAAGCUUUACUCGCAGAUUGGACUCGGGCUCAAGAUUCAACAUUUAAUCCUACGGCUGCAUUCCUUACUGAUGUCGAUGGUGCUGAAACUUGGGCCAAACCAGUUGAAAACACCUUGAAGAUUAAUGUAGAUGCUGCCAUUUUUUAG